CUCUGUCGAGGAUCAAGUGGGACUUGUUACCCAAAACUCCUUCCAUCCUUUGCACUGACUAGCCCGAUAGAAUACUGGGCGCCACACAAAGCAUCAGACUGACAUGUGGACACAACUAUUCGCCCCAAAAGUAUUGAUUGUCUGUCUUAUCUCCUAUGAUUCAUCAGCAUCGGCAUGGACGACACCACGUUCGGUGAACCACCCAGGAAACGUGCGCGGACCACUUCGCUACAAGAGCAACCCGAGCCAGUACCUGCAGACAACAUUUCAGAAUCGCCGGCAUGGGACCAACUGCAGAGCCCUUACCACCUAGCAGAUUACUACACUGAUCAGCACAACUCUCCGACAUUGCCCAUCGGCAGUGAUCCUUUCCAAUCACCAGCAGCUAGCUGGACUCAGGAUGGCUUCUCGCAGGAUCCAGGUUACCUAGCCUCACAGGAAGAGCUGCGAUGCAUCCUUUUUUCUCUCGCGAACUCAACUGCUCCCACACGAGUAUCCAGCCCAGAUGUUGUGGGAAGGAUUGAACUAGCCGAACAAUCACCACCCUCGAAAAAUUACCAGCCAGAACGGAGAGGGGAGCUCUUGCAGUCUUCUCUGUCGAGUAGAAGGCGAAUCGAAUACUUGAAAAACUAUGUGGCAGAAGUAGCGCCUUGGCUGGACAUGUUCGACUCUCAGUGCACCUUUCGUCAGCAGGUUCCCGUGUUGGCUCGCUCCUUUCCCGCUCUUUCCUACGCGAUGCUUGCCAUUUCUGCUCGUCAAAUCGAACGCAAGAAUGGGGUUCGGAAUUGGUUUGACAGCCUCGAAUUGUACCAAGAAGCAAUCAGACGACUGAGCCCGCUUCUUCAACUACGUGACCCGAAAAUUGUAGCGGCAUGUGUGCUUCUCUGUUGCUUGGAAAUGAUGUCUGCUCGUGCCCAGGAUUGGCGUCGCCAUCUUGAAGGCUGUGCCGCGCUGUUUGAUGCGUUUGGAAUCCACGGCUUCAGCCAGGGCAUUCUACAGGCAGUGUUCUGGUGUUAUGCAAGAAUGGCAGAUCUGUGCGGUGCGCUGAUCUCAGAUGGCACACAGACCACGCUGCUACAUCCCUCUAAAUGGCUUCCUGAAGGCUACCAGACAGAGGAUGCUCAUCAGCUGUUUCAGAGUGUCAAGUCCCCAGAUAUGCAUGCAAAUUAUGCGGUGUAUUUGUGCGUCAAAGCGACUGAGCUGGUGUCCGAUCGUACAAAGUUUGUGGAACUAGGUGAAGAUAAUGGGUGUACUCCAGAUAGGUUCCGCACACGAUGGAUCAGCCUUUGGAAUGACCUACUAUGCUGGUUCUCCGAGCGUCCUAGCGAGCUUCUUCCGGUGCAGACAGUCAAUCGCAAGCCUUUCCCUCAUAUCCUGUUCGUCCAUUGGGCUGCUAUCUCGUCGAACCAACUGUACCACACUGCAUGCAUACUGUUGCUGAAGAUGAUGCCCAAGGAUAUUCGGCUUCCACGGUCGCCAGCUUUGUUUCCUCUAUGGCAUGCUCGUCGAAUCUGUGGUAUUUCCUUGGCAAACCCACACCAAGGGUGCUUGAACAACUCCAUUCAGCCACUGUGGAUUGCCGGACAGCUUUUCAGUCAUGUUUCGGAGCAUGAGGAGAUCAUCAGGCUGAUUCAAAGCAUCGAGGCUGAAACUGGCUGGGGAACCUGUUGGCGGAUUCGGGAUUUGGAGGUUGCCUGGGGUUGUUCCGGAAUGAGAUGA